AUGUCGGAUGGUGCUUCUCAGGGCCUCCAGGCCCUGAUCCUGUGUGGCCCUGGGGGAUCACUGAGUACAUUCACCUCUAGACCCGAGGAGUAUCCCAAAGCUCUCAUCCCUGUUGCAAACAGACCCAUGAUCUUCUAUGCCAUCGACCUUUGCAGACAUUCAGGGAUCGAAGAUGUCACCUUGAUCACCCCUCCGCUCUGUUACCCUCCCCUUCAACAAGCAAUGGACACGAAUCCAUAUCUUACCUUGCCGUGUCUCCCCUCAGUCUCAAUAAUCGCACCGAAACAACUCACGAUGACAACGGGAACAGCCGAGUUACUUCGUCUCCCUGAGGUUCAAAGAUGUAUCAAGAACAAUUUCCUCCUUCUUCCUUGUGACAUCAUUUGCGAACUCUCCGGGGAAUCUAUUCUCGAGGCGUGGUGGACCACCCAGGCCGCGUCAAAGGUGGCUCUGGGUAAUCCCGGCCCGGGAGCAGCGCGCAACGGCAUCCUGCUGAAUGGAUCGUACUUUCAACCCAAGAAGUCCGAGCGACCAAAAGCUGAGCAGGAAAGUGUGCCCGAAGAAGCCACCGACUUCGUGGCUAUUGGCCCACUCGAGCUGAAUGAUACACGCAUUGUGCCAUCUUGCGAGGACCCAGCCAAGCCACGCUUCAAUCUUUCGAAGCUGCUCAUGUCAGUGCCCAUGACCACUAUCAAGGAGAAGACGGCGGGUACAAGACGUGUUCUCCUCCGGCGCUCACUGGUGCAAUACUGCGGACGAGUCAGAGUACUCACUGCCUUCCGCGAUGCGCAUAUUUACGUUUUCCCCUACUGGGUUAAAGAUCUGCUCAAGGAUCAAGCCAAGCUGGACUCGGUUAGCGAGGACUUCAUCGGCAACUGGGCUAAAUCCGCAUGGCAGGCAGGACUAGGAGAUAAAAUGGGUUUGACCAAGGAUUUCGAUCCCCCCGGGGUCCUCAUCCCGGGCACCCGCCAACACGGUGCCUUCGUCGACAAAGUGAUUGAUCUCCAGCGUAUGAGCAGUACCAAAUCUUACCCAAAGACUGAGGUCACAUCGUUCCUGGCCGGCCUCAAGAGUGCCGAGACAUCUUUCAGCAGCUCGCCUUUCUCCAGCCAAUGUUCGUCUCCCCAGAGUCCCCAGCCUCGGCCGCCAACUGCGCUACCGCAGUUGCUAGCCUAUGUCCAUCGAGGCUCGACACCAUUGAUCCGCCGCAUCGAUAACAGUGCUGUCCUACUUUCAACAUCUCUUCUUCUAGCAAAGCUACCAUCAGUCGAGGAAGUUGGUCCCGAGAAAGCGUCGUCAUUCGCGCACGCCAAGAAGAUCACCCAUCCGGAUAACAUCGCCCCGCGAAGCGCAGUCACAGAGAAGGACUGUCUGAUCGACCGCAAUGUGAUUAUUGAAGAAACCGCUGUUGUGAAGGAAAGUGUGAUUGGUGCUGAGUGCCAUAUCGGCAGCAGUGCACGUAUUCAUCGUUGCGUCCUGAUGGACGGGGCGGUCGUCGAGUCUAGGGCUGAGUUGACUGGUUGCAUCAUUGGCCACCGAGCCCAUAUUGGGCAUGGGAGUGUGCUGAGAAACUGUGAGGUUCAGGAUGCUCUUGUUAUUCCCACUGGAACGAUUGCUAGGGGCGAGAAACUGAUGGUGGAAGUGGCUAUGGCCGAUGAGGUGGAUGAGUGA